AUGAUUAAUGCUUUAAAUAGCCAUGAAGGAAAAGGAAGUUCCGAAGUAAACUAUGAAGACCCAAUUUUUGCAGCAGAAACAGCCGCAACAUCGAGCGAGUAUUUGCCAGUGACUGAAUAUCAUGAAAAGAAAAAAGGUUUGAGUUUUGGAGCAAUAGCUAAACUUGCAAAAGGCGCAAAGAAAUGGGCGAACAGAAUCAAAGGGGGGAAGAGCAGUGGCAGUGGAGAGAAGGGGAAAACUAUUCACCUUGGAAGAAACUGAAUUUUUGAAGGUUUUGAAUGAAAAAAAACGAAGAAAGAGACAACGAACCGGAUUUAA